AUGACUGCACCUGCUGCCGUUUCACCGUUUGGACAACACCAGAGGACCAUCAUGAAUAAUCUACCAUCGGUUUCCAGCCUGAUGUCUCCUCCAGAGGCGAAGCCCUACGACAGUUUCCAGUCGACAUUCUCACCAUAUACCAUGUCUCAAGACGCAUCUCUCCACCAGGAGGUCAAACUCCCUCCAAUUUCCGCUGAGCGCAAGCGUGCUCAAUCUGAAGUCGAUCUGCCAUCGCCACCCGUCACUCCCUACACAGGCAACAAGAAGAGAAAGUCGAAUACAUCAGAACAUUUCGAAAAGGAGGUGGCCGUCGGCUCAUCCAGAGAUCCCGUACUAUUUCCUCGCAAUGACUCGAUCGUCGAUGUCGCCACCGACGAGCCUCUCUUUGAACCGGUACUCGCCCCAGCGGCUGAGGCGCUGGUGGAUGAGCAUAUCAAUUCUCACAUGGCACGGUUCGAGAACAAGGUGAACAAGCCAACUCGAGAUGAAUAUCUUCUUGCAUUGUCAUGUGUGCCCAUCGUUUCGACUGUCUACAAUCGCAAUCCUGCCGCUUGGGCAAGGCGAGAGCGGGAAACUCUGGAGCAACAGCUGGCCAUGAUGAACAGAUAUCGUCCCGAAUCGACCCAGACCAAAUUGAAGAAAAUCGCACCAGCCCCGACGAAGAGGAAUCAACCGAGUCAGGCCCGACCUAACCGGACGCCGCGUGUAAAGCGCACACCGAGAUCGACGCCCAAGCAGAAUGCGCUGGAUUCUUUUGAUGUGCCACCUUCCGCCCCCUCAAGAGCGCCUCGUGUCAUUGGAACAAACAGAGACGAUACAGACUACGCAUCAUUGAAGGAUUAUUCUCCUCCAAUCGAGACGCUCGGUGGCAACACCAAAGCGCUGAAGGCGGAUUGGAAAGGCCAGAUGCUCGACCUUAGCAAUGACCCAGAUCGUCACGCUCUCAAUCCAGCUGAAAUUAAUCUGGCUGCCACUCUACGUCUCUCAUGCGCGACGUAUCUCUGCAGCAAGCGUCGCAUCUUCGAGGCUCGUGUCAGAGCUCUCAACAUUGGAAAAGAGUUUCGAAAGACGGAUGCGCAGCAAGCGUGCAAGAUAGAUGUCAACAAGGCCAGCAAGCUCUGGACCGCAUACGAUAGAGUAGGCUGGUUUAAACCUGAGCAUUUUGAGAAGUACCGCAAGUGA